UCAGAAAAUAAUCGAAAUAAUUCUUCUUCCCAGUUGGCUACAAAUAUAUGGAUGCCUUUACCAAACUACCUUCAGUUCAAAGGGAACAGCCGCAUAGAGGUUCUUCAAUUUCAGGUACUGCCGGAUCCCCACAACCGUUAUUGUGAGAGCGUCGUCCAGUCUUUGCGAUUCAAUAAAUAGUAAAUAUACAUUUUCCACAGUUGGCUGGUUGUCUUUUGUCAGAGUUAGUGGUUCAAGAUGCUCAACCAUCCGUUCAACACGGCUCGAACUCUCUUGCCUGAGCAUAUAAAUGAGUCCUUCUGCGCCAGCAUGCAAUGGCCGUUUCAAUUUCCAAUAUCCUUUCCGAUACACAUCUUCUUGCGUAUCCUACAUAGCCCACGCGUCGAACUUAUCAAUCAUGAAGCUUUUCCGAACCUCUGUCACCAUCGUCGCCAUCGUAGGCGCCUCUGCUAUAGUCAUCCCGUCCAGUGAAACCAUGCAGGCGAUCAAGAUAAUUCCCCUGAAAGGGGAGAACCGCAAUAAUUUCAUCGACCGGGCCACUCGUCCUGAACAUGCCCACGCCGAGGGACACGACAAGCGUGGGCUAGAAAAGGCCCAAAGGGAGCUGCCGGAGAGCGCGGUGAUUUGUAUGUCGGAAGAUCCAUCACAGCUACCGCAGAAGUUCGUUUCCCCGGAUUACAACCAAGAGAGGGAACAACGCGUCGCUGCAGAUGGAUUGCGCCAUUUCUGGAAGCGGUUGAUUUGGGUACAGCACGGCAGGACUUGUCUCACGCAGGCAGGCGAAGAAGAAGGGCAAAAUGAGGACGUGAACGAUCUCGAAGAAGUCAAGGCGGCCACCACUGGAUAUAAGGCGUCGCUUCGCGCGGAAAUUCGUAAGAAGAAGGAGUGGGAAAAACAGCAUCCGGAGGGGCCGGAGAAGGUUUGGGUUGAUGGUAGGCGGCUGCCGAGUUACUGGAAUGGCCAUGAAAUGACUGCACAUUAUCCAUACGAGGAAUAAAUUGUCUACGGCAGCCUUCAUUGUCACUUUCAUUAGCUGAGAGUCAGUCUCUUCAUGUCAGAUCAUGGCUUGU